UUGAGGAGGAAGAAGGUAUAUAGGGAUGUCACAGGACGAUGAACGAGACCAGUGUUGUCAGUGCCACUCGAUGUGGUAGGACGUCAUUGAAGUUGCUCCGUGAACCGUGUUCAUUUCAAGGGGGGUGAAGUGGAAAUUGAACAAUGGCAAAGUUUGCGAUCCUCAUUUUGGCUGCCAUGAUGGGCAUGGUGGCAUCAGACGCGGGUUAUGGCUAUGCUAGACCUAGCGGUCGCCAUUAUUCCGCUGGUUACGGCAGAUACGGCCACGGGUCCCGUUUUGGGUCCCAUUAUCGAGGCUACAAAGGGUUUCGAAGGGGCAGUACCUAUGGAUAUGCAAGAAGCCAUUACCCUAAAUCUUCGUACAGAUCCCGAAACUACCACCCUGAACCAACAUCCUAUCACUCCAAAACGAUUGUUCAUCACGAGCCCGAGCCUUAUCACGCCAAGACCGUGGUGCAUCAUGAGCCCGAGCCUUAUCACGCCAAGACCGUGAUUUAUCACGAACCCGAACCCUACCAUCCGGAACCAGCUCCCUACUCUGCCAAGAUCCAUUCACCGCCAGAACCUGUGCGACGCUACGGAUACACUCGUAAAUACCACAAGCCCGAGGUACACGUGGUGGCUCAACCUCUGCCUUCUAAAGUCUAUGAACCUGAGCCCGUGCCCGUUUACGAUUCCGAGCCCGCUUAUGUUCAUGAGGAGGUUGUUGUCCCUGUUAGCCAAACCGUUUACAAAGAAGAGAGACACGGUCCUGGUCAUCAGACUCACGUGGAAACUGUGGUCAUCCCUCUUGGUGUCGACCAUCAUCAAGAGCAUUCCCAACAUGGAUCUGGUCAUGAUAUUCAUGACCAGGAGCACCACCAUGAGCGUCCGGGUCAUGUGGCUCAUCAUGCCAAUCAUGAUCAACAUGGCACCCAUGAUGACCACCAUCAUCAUGAGCACCAUGAAGACCAUGGCGAUCACGGGAUUCAUCACGAAGAGACUAGCUACCGCGACCCUCAUGGUAAUCUCCGAACGGAAACGCACCAUGAAGAGCAUAGCGCUCAUGGACCUCCUUUGGUGGUUCACUCUGAACGAGGUACCAACUACAAACCCCAUCCUCACGUGAAGACAGCCUUCAAUAGGAGGGUUAAGGCCCAACGCUUUCCAGUCCACCCCACGCUCAAAUAUGGGGCUCACAUCUUGCCCAAAUAAUGAGCAUUGAGAACCGACCCAAAUAACUUGAUUGAUUAAAGUCCUUUCGAGUAGA